AUGUGCCUGGGUGUGUCAGGGGUGUGCCUGGGUGUGCCAGGGUGUGUCAGGGUGUGUCAGGGUGUGCCUGGGUGUGUCAGGGUGUGCCUGGGUGUGCCUGGGUGUGUCAGGGUGUGCCUGGGUGUGUCUGGGUGUGCCUGGGUGUGCCUGGGUGUGCCAGGGUGUGCCUGGGUGUACCUGGGUGUGCCUGGGGUGUGCCUGGGUGUGUCUGGGUGUGCCUGGGUGUGCCUGGGUGUGCCAGGGUGUGCCUGGGUGUACCUGGGUGUGCCUGGGUGUGUCAGGGUGUGUCAGGGUGUGCCUGGGUGUGCCUGGGUGUGUCUGGGUGUGCCAGGGUGUGCCUGGGUGUACCUGGGUGUGCCUGGGUAUGUCAGGGGUGUGCCUGAGUGUGUCAGGGUGUGCCAGGGUGUGCCUAGUUGUACCUGUGCCACCUACGUUUGCAGCUGA